AGGUGCACCUCUCCUCGAGAGAGAGAGCGAGAGCACUAAAUAUGCGCUCGCUGUCCUCAGUCAAUCACUUCAUCUCACUCUCAAGACUACAAAGACACUCCGCAAGUGAAUUUACUCAUUUUUACUCACCUGGACGGAUAUAUAUCAUGGAUUUGGUCUGAAUCAUCUUGUAUGCUAACAGGAUCUGAGAGCAACAGUAGACAAGAUGAGUUGGGGAGCACUUUAUGCUCAGCUGGGAGGGGUGAAUAAACACUCCACCAGCUUGGGAAAGAUCUGGCUGUCUGUCCUCUUCAUCUUCCGCAUUAGCAUCCUUGUAAUAGCAGCCGAGACGGUCUGGGGAGAUGAGCAGUCCGACUUCACCUGUAACACACAACAGCCCGGCUGCAAAAACGUCUGCUACGACCACUUCUUUCCAGUCUCGCAUAUCCGUUUCUGGUGCCUGCAGCUCAUCUUUGUGUCUACACCGGCUUUGCUGGUGGCUAUGCAUGUGGCGUACCGCAAACGCAACGUAAAGAAAGGCCUUUUGGCCAACCGUGCUGGCAGUGCCAAAGGGGAUGACCUGGAGAGCCUGAAGAAGAGGCGUCUUCCCAUCACUGGGCCGCUGUGGUGGACCUACACCUCCAGCCUGUUCUUCCGGCUCCUUUUCGAGGCCGGAUUCAUGUAUGCAUUGUAUUAUGUCUACGAUGGGUUUCAGAUGGCACGUCUUGUGAAGUGUGAGCAGUGGCCCUGUCCCAAUAAAGUUGACUGCUUUAUCUCACGGCCAACAGAGAAGACCGUCUUCACCAUUUUCAUGGUGGGAUCUUCUGCCAUCUGCAUUGUGCUCAAUGUGGCUGAACUGAGCUACUUGAUUGUCAAGGCAUUGCUGAGGUGCUCGGCCAGAACCAAGAGGAGGCGUGCCUUUGUACACCAAGAUAAAAUGUCCACAGAAAAGGCGCUCUUACAGAACGAAAAGAACACAAAGUUGCUGUCAUCCGCUUCGGACUCCUCGACCAAUAAGACUCUUUAAGAUUACCCCUACAUCCAGUGACUCAAUUCUACCAUCAUGGAUAGGCACGUAGAUUACAGUGUUUUAACAGUAUGUGAUUUGUAGCUGGUUUUUGACAAGUUACCCUGAGAGCAGAACAAAGCUGCAAACCUGAGAGAAGGUUUCAAGCAUGGUUCAUUUAAAAGCUGACAUUCCUCCCCAAAAGACGAUUAGGGACAAUUACACUGCAUUGACUGCAAAAAUGUUGGGGUUGUUGAAUUUUAUUUUCCUCGUUGCUCAGUAGCCUCAGUACUCUCUAAUAAUGGCAUUAGAAAAGCCCAAGAGUGACGCCUAGUGGUCAAACAACAUAAAUUAAGUUCAGAGACCUUUGCACAAAAUUGAGUGUCCUGUUUUUGAGGG